AUGACACAGCAGAAACGGCACGAGGGGAACGUGGAAACCGAGACUCAGCAUUCCGAAGGCGCCGCCCCUCCGCCCGCCUGGAAAACGGAAGCGGUCUGGGCUGCAGGGAGGGGCCAGGGCUGCGGCUCCUCAGGCCCGAAAGUGAAAAUCCAAGGCGAGGCCUCCGCGGAGAACACAGGGGUGGGUGGCCGUGAGAAGGCUUUAGCUUCAGCUGGACCGGUUUUCCAAGCGAAUCAGUGGACCCCCGCCUGGGUGUCCUCAAGCAGGGGUAGCCAGUCCGCAUCCUCGCCCCGCACGGAUCCAAGAGAACAAGCAGGUCUUUAA